UUUCUUCUCUUUAUAAUAGCAAUCAUUUUCAAAGCUGGAAAAACCAACAUCACUAUCAGAAGUCCAGGGUUGUUCGCUUGUGAGACAAUCACAUUUGCUGAACCGUUCUCUGGUGGAAAGCAAGUAAAAGUCUUUGCUGCGUUUGGUCACUCAGUUAACAACCAGGCCCGUGGUAAUGGUGCUGCUAUUUGGGUGGAAUCGGCAGAUAGAACUCAAUUCCGCGCUUGUAUCUACGAGUACAGUGACGGCUCAAAUUCAACUGCUGAGAUAAACUGGAUUGCCCUACAAUCUGCUCCCAAAGGAGCACAACUAGGAACCGCUUCCCUAGACUCUUGGACUACCGGAACAGAAUGUAAAAAGAUCGAAUUUCCUCAGGUACGUUCCAUUUUGCUAUGAUUACCUACAAGGUACCCAUGGAGGAUUAAUCUAAAAAAGGCAGAGACUGGUGAUCUAUGUAAGGUAUAUCUAAAGGAUGUAACUCACGACCACAAAUGCGAUUCCUCUUAGGGAACUUAAUCAGCUGUUCAAAUUUAGGCGGAAAAUUGACAUCACUUAAGUUUCAAGUUCAGUUACCUAUAUACAAUGUACAUGCUAUUAUGCACGGGCGUCAUGAUUUAACAGGAAAUGAAGAUAAAAGUCUAAAAGUAGCCUGCGUGGCAGGCGCAAAAAGGGGAGGGGGGAGGGGGGAGGGGGGAGGGAGAAAGGGAAAAGGGAAGGGAGCGCCUACUCUAAGAGCCUAUGUUUUUGCAUAACGCCCACCAAUUUUCUAGUAAUCCGAUUACGCUUACUGUCAAUCAAGUGACGCUACACUCGCCAAUCAGAACGCAAGGCGGAACCCUGUAGUUACGAGGAAAUUUAUUUGAUUUGCCGGGAACUCACGUUGCAUAAAUAUUUAUCAAAGCGAGAAAUUCUCACUUCUGGACAACCAGAAAUUUAACGUGGAAAUGUUAUUUUAAGAAUUUCGAUCCGCCACGUGGGUAUUUAUGUUCAAGUUCAAAGCUCAAAGACAGAACGGCUGUACCGUUCUCGCCACAACAAAGUACAACGAAAGUUGCUCUUGCAAAAGCAACUAAGCACAAAGCCAACCCGGCAACUGAUGAGGUUCAUGUGGCGAACCGAAACCAUGGUCUUGCCCGAUCCCAAACUGUGGCAAUAACAAAACAGUCUAAAGACUGUUAAGCUUAUUCAAAGCUAUUACCAAGGGAGCAACUUCGCGCUCCAGUCAAAAGACUCACACUAUCUUUACAAAAACACUAAGCUGGAGUUUACUGAGUCACAAUUCAAUUCUCCAUAGUAAGUUUAAUGUAGCUUCAGUUUAAGCUGCAGUUCACUCUUAUAAUUUUGGAUCUGUAAGUCACUAUCCGUGAUAAUUUUUAAAUGUUAAAACAUUCUGCAAAGAAAACUGACGAGCUGGGCCCAGCGUGAUACAGCAUUGGAGAAAAACAUUACACUCACGGACUAAAGAAAAUCGUUUAAUUAUUCAGAUCCAGAGGGCACCUUGAAGAAAAUUGGAGCCCUUAUUCAGCCGUAAUAAAAAAGCUUUACGCUUCAAAAGAGGUCAAAGAAAAUGCGCUUGCCUCAGAGGGCAACGACCAGAAAACAAUAACUACAGUCAACCGAUAUGUAUGUCAUGACCUCUCAGUGUGAAACAUGCGGCUAAAAUCUCAUUUGCUCAGUAUAAAUGCAGAACCUUCCAGAGCAUAAUCUACCCAGCAGAUAAAAACAACUUUAUUGGAAUAAGCAGCAUUUUGGCAUGAGGUAAAAGUCGUGUAGGCCUACCACCCCCUUUUAUUGCUAUAAUUACCAUUUAGCUCGUAGUUCUUCGCGCGUACAAACAUUUGGUAAAUUAAACUCUUGCCGUAUCCGGUCGGCAAAAACACCAGGACAUCUCUGUCGGCUAAAAGAGCCCUUACUGCUGAUUCUUGCUCUGGUUUUAAAACACUUUCUCCACCACUAGAUAAAUUCACAUCUCUCAAAGCACUCUCUACGACAUCCACGUCUACGGCUGCCAUCUCGACUGUUUGUUGAAAUGUGAAACGAGCAUUUCAAUAUGUUACUCAUUACGGCUCAGCCAAUCAGGAAUUUGCGUACGCCAGGGUCCGCAGAUAUGAACAAAAGGGGUUUCUUAGAGCAGGCGUCCCCUCCCCCUCUCCCCAAUCCCCCUCCCCUUUUUCUCUUCCUCCCUAUCCCCUACCCCUACCCCUUUUGACGCCUGCUACGCAGGCUAGUCUAAAAGGUUAAUCGUUAGUUUGUUUUAAUUUCAGAAUGAUUAAUGCAAUGAAACAGCGUACUUUGUACUGUGAUUUUUGUUGCGCGGCUCUCCCUCUUUGUUUUCGUGUAUUUUGUUUGGCGUUUUUUUUUUUUUUUUUUUUUGUGGAAUGCGCAGUAUUAUAACUAAGGACAAUUUCCUCUCCAUGACCCACGCUAGGCCACCCAUAUUAUCAUCUAUCCCUACUCCCCGACCUCAAACCCUCUCACUCUUUCAUCCGUAUUUGAUUAAUAUUAGUUAGCCCUUAAUUAUUAACCGAGCGGGAGGUCUGUAUGGGAGAAUCUUGACCGACGUCGCCAGUACAGACCGAACGCAGUGAGGUCUGUACCAGCGACCGAGGUCAAGAUUAAUAAGGUCGGUUAAUAAGAUGUCUAUUAUACGGCCAAACAAGAAAGCAAAGGAGCAAAUACAUAGAGGAUUUUAUUUGCUUCCCUGGGCGGGCUCAAUCAUUUAGCUGGAUUUCUUCUGUCACAGGUCUCCAGUCCAAACGGGACAAAAAUAACUGUUCAAAGUCCAGCUUUGUACAAACUUCCGUUCGUCAAUGAAUGAAAACAAAAUUUUUCAUACAGGCUCAUUGAAAAAGCUUGUGGUUGAAACAACAAUUUAUGAGAAGUGACCAAAAGCACAACUGCUAUGUAAGUUAUGCCUGUUUAUGCCUCAUAUAUAUCGCUCAGCGAUCAGUUCUCAUUCAGCCUUGCGAUCUUUGACUGAUCCCCACAGAAAACGUUGAUGUUGAAUGUGCAGCCUUCGAACUUGUCAAUAUGCGCUCCGGCAAAAAUUGCCUGAGGCUGGAUUUGUUGGACUGUGAAGACAAUUUGCUGUGUUGCAGUGGAGGUACUGACUUGGUUUUGUUCGGACUGAGCGGAUGUACCUGGCUCACGAUUCGGGAUAGUAGACAUUUCUCGCUGUCGCCUCAGAGAUGCUGAAUGGUAGCUGUCGAGCCGCUUUUCAAAUUUUUGUGGCCGCUUAGCUGUGCAACGAAGUUUGGCUGAACGUCUGCUUCCAGAAGUCGUGCAAAUAGCGUUGAAAACUUCGCUUCAAGCCGCUUAAAGUACCCGGCUCGUACUGCCAUUUUGUUUACGACCGGAAAUGGAAAAUUUAAACAAGAGAAGGUCAGGUCAUUGGCAGGCAUGUUUUUCAAUUGCUCUAGACUCUUUCAGUGACUCACAAAAUUUCUUCCAUGUGUUUAAAUCGCUCUUUAAGUCUUGUAUUGAGUGUUUUUUAUUUCUGCCCCUGCAAAAAUUUCUCAAUUUGGACUUUAUCUUUGCUCGUAGCUUCCUCGGCAGGACGCAAAUUUGCUAAAGUUUGCUCGUUUUCUUUACCUGCUUCCCCGUGAAUGUCCUCUAAUUCUUCGAUUUAGUAUUAUUAACAGGAAAAAGCCAUUUUUUUCAUAUUCUUUGUUUGUAACUUUUUGAGGACAACUGUUACAACAAGAUCGGUCUAGAUGCUGGUCUAGAUGGGAAAAUCUAGACCGUGGUCAAUAUCGAUUUUAGCCAAUCAAAUUCUUGAAUUUGUUUGUUUCCAGUCCUUUUGAGGCAUGGCCAUAUACACCUUUUGCUGUUCGUUACGAGAAAAUACGCAUUCAUUUGCGUGAAACGGCGACCAACAGCGCGAAGAUACAUUCAUUAGCGCGAAAAAGCGAACAUUUGCGCAUAAAUCAGAUUCAAUAACGAUUUUUGCAUUUUAAUCAACAUUCAAUAAAAUUUUCGGCAUUCAUUUGCGUCAUCCGGCAUACAAAAGAAAAAAAUAUACUUUCAUUAACGCCAACAUUCGAGUCACUAACAUUAUUAUUGAAAAUCAUUAGGGACAAUAGACAAACAUUUAAGUGCAAACGCUAUUCAUUAACAUUUUUAUGACACCGUUUGCAAGUCAAUAGCACUCCUGGACAGCUUUAGAAUGGAUAAGACGAACAUUAAUGCGCUUGGAAAAUCAAUUGAGCGUUCUUUGCAUUUAAAAAAAUCUGUUUUCAAUUAAACAAUACCAAUUCCCCUCCAAAAUUGGCCUGAAUUUGUUUAAAGAAUCACGCCGUACUUCGCCACUGUGUGUUCGUCGACGGCUGCGGCUAUACAUUUACCCUACUCGGCCAGAAGUCAUGGUGGGGCGCGACAGGUAGUGGAGGGCGUACCGCCAACUGUGCGGCAAACGAGGACGAAACUUGACUAUGACCAUGGCACUAUCACCUAUCAAAUGUUUUCCUCGGCAGCUGCUGGAGUAAUGAAUACUGUGUCGGUUUUUCGGUGACUUUCUGGCACGGGCGAGGAAAAAAUGGAUCCCGAUAAGUCGGUGGUCUUUGGGUAUGACGGGGUGCCACUAGCCCACCUAGAUUUAGCCAUUCCCGCCCCAUACGUUCACUACUUACCCUUCCCAACUCGACAUCGUUGAAAAGGAUCUAAGUUGUCUGAAAGCGACACCAACCGACAUCUCGAGUCCGGAAAUUUAAAGAUGUAUAAAAAGAAUGAGAGGGCAAAGCCCUAGCAAUCCCACUAGCGGAUUUCGGAAACAACAACUGCAGUGCUUACAUAAUAAACUCUCAUAUAUACGAGUCGAAAAGCAAUAAAACAUUGGCGUUAAAAGUCAGGCUUACGCUCCCCUCCGUAAAUCUAUUUAGAGAAUCUUUCAUGCAAUAUAAUCAUUAAACACGGUACACAAACUCAGUAUUGUUGGCCAAAUUUGUUUUCUAAUUUAAAUAACUUUACACAAAGUAAUUAUAUUUUACGAUAGCUGGUACUGU